UCAUAUUUUGAUAACCAACCAACAACUUGUCAUUCUAUUUACCUCACAAUUUUAUUUCAACAUACACAUUUAAAAUAGCCUGCCGCCACUGUUCGUCGCAUAAUAAAGUAUUUUAUUAUUUGGUAGGGAACGCUACAUGGUGGACGUAAAUUGUUAAUUCAGAAAACACUCUAUUUUAGUCACGUUUAUAUAACAUUUGGUGUAGACUCAAAAAUGAGAAUUUAUUUGUUACAAAGUUUAUCGAAAACGAUCGGAAGGAGAUUUUUAGCGACACAUAAUGUGAAAAAAGUAACUCAUUGCAUAUUUGAUAUGGACGGUCUUCUGUUAGAUACAGAACAAGUUUAUAAAAAGAUGAUAACUCAACUGUGUGCAAACUAUGGACACAAGUACACUGAUGAGCUGAUGAUGAAGGUGCUAGGUGGAACUGAACAGAGGUUGUCAGAAAUUCUAUGCAAGGAGCUGAAACUUCCCGUCACACCUCACGAAUUCAGAGACCAGUUGCUGAAGCUUGGUGACACCAUGUUAGCUGGAACACCUUUAUUAGAUGGUGCUGAAAGAUUAAUACGUCACCUGCACAAAACGCAAGUACCAUUUGCCUUAGCAACAUCAUCAAGUGAACGCUCUGUUUAGACAAAGAUUGCUAGCUAUAAAGAGUUGUUUAGUCUUUUCAACCAUAUGGUAAUGGGCAGUACUGACAAGGAAGUCAAAUUUGGAAAGCCCCAUCCAGAUAUAUUUCUUGUCGCUGCUUCCAGAUUUCCUGACAAACCUCAUCCAUCUAAGUGUUUGGUAUUCGAGGACUCUCCACACGGUGUGACUGCUGGAAUUGAGGCGGGUAUGCAAGUAGUCAUGGUGCCUGACCCACACCUCGACAAAAGACUCACCAAACAUGCUACCAUUGUUCUCCCAACAUUAGCUAAGUUCCAACCAGAAAUGUUUGGCUUACCAGCGUUCCAAUGACCGUUACAUAAGAUUGUAAUUUAAGUGGUAAUGUAAAUAUGCUAUUUAUAUAAUUUUUGUUUUAGGUUGUUCUUACACUAUGGUUAUAUUUGGUAGUCUGGGAUUCUGUAGUAGUUUAUUUCGUAUGAAUUUGAACUUGCUGGUCGAGUGUUUUGCACUGAAUGUGUAAACACAAAAAAUGUACAGAAAAAUUGAUUGUCUAUUCCUUUUUGAUGUCAAUUAAUUAAAUAUUAACUAGGCUUGUUCUAUCUUUGUGGAAAAAUUACUUAAAUAAAAUAUAUGUACUUUUAUAUACUAGACAUUGUAAACAAUAGUGUGAAAAUAAUCAGAUUUUUGGAAUUCUUAUUUUAUUUUUUAUUUACAAUGGUGUUCUAAAUAAUUGUUGGCUUAGACUUGUAGCUUAAAAGUAUUAUUUGUGUAGAAUAGUUUUGUAAACAUAACCAUACAAAGUGCAGUAAGAAAUAGAAGGUUACAAGAUAGAUUUUUGUAUUAAAAAUGUUACUGUGAGUUUGACUACAGACAUUUGUAUACACAUACUGCUGUCUCUUUUUAUUCAAAGGGAAUCUAAGAGAUGACAAUAUGUUUUAGCUUAAAUGUGUAGUGUAAAAGCACAGAUAAUAAAAUGUAAAUUCAUUUAAUAUGUUUGAUAUUUUAUACUUUUUUAUUAUAGAAAUAUUCAUUAAGAUUCUAAAUCUCAUUUUAAUACCAAUUACGGAUAUAUAUUUUGAAAGCAAUUACUUAUUCUUAAUUUAUGACAAAUAUAAUAAGUUACAGAUAACCAAUGAAAUGUUUA